AUGCCCCCAAAGUGGAAACACAUUGACACAGAUGUCAACACAACAUCUGAAGCUCCGAUCAAUGGUAGCAAACGAUGUCGACCUCCCAAAGGAGGACCCACUCAUGCAGCCACCGCUCCUACUGAGACACCAUCUGAGCGGGCUACUUGGAGGUCCCAUGAUGAGGCAGAGCUCAUCCACCAUCUUCUUGAAGUUAAGCAUGCAGGUGGUACUUCUGAUAUUGGCUUCAAGGACAAGGUCUGGAAUGGUGCCUCAGCACACUUACUUGAGCAGUGUGGGACAGUCUUCAAGCCUAGUGCAUGCAAGAACAAAUAUGGCAAGUUAAAACAGAUAUAUUGGGCAGUCAAACAGCUCUCAGAACAGUCAGGCUUCCCCUGGAGUAAUGAAGAUGGUGCUGAUCUAGGACCAGAAGAAGAGCAAUUAUGGAUUGAUUUUGUUGCAGUAAGUAGCUGCUAG